CCAGAGCCGAGUCCCCCUUAGAUUCCCACCUCUGAAAAAGUUUUUUCCCCAAACAGUCUCCAACCCACCGCAGGACUCUCUCAUCGUCACUUCUCCCCGCUAUUAAUUACCACUGCCACACGCACUUCACGCACUGAUAGCCACAGAAUCCACCUAAAACCCUAAUUCUGUGAAAGCUCUGAUUUUUUUAUCUGUGAAUGGCUAAAAAGGAGGAUAUUCCGCCGGACGAAGUCCGGUGCCGGAGAACGGACGGUCGGCAAUGGAGGUGUACUCGGAAAGUAGUAGAAGGGAAAAAGCUCUGUCAUAUUCACUAUCUCCAGGGCCGGAGAAGGCAGCUGAAGCAGAAAGUUCCGGAGUCGCUGAAAUUGGAGAGGAAAAGCAAGAAAAUUAGUAAGAAAGAUGGGGAGAAAAUCAGGGCUUGUUCGUCAAGAUCAUCGUCCAGGAGGAUAGUGAAAAUGGCGUUGGCGGCGGCUGUGAAGAAGAAGCAGAAGAAACGGUGCGUUUCUGAGGUUUUGGAUGAGGCGUUGAGGAGGAUGAAAUUGAAGAGAGGUGAUUUGCAUUUGGAGUUGAUCAGGGAGUUCUUGAAGAGGCAAGUAGAGAAGAAAAGGUUGAAGAAGAAGAAUGAGGAGGAGGAGGAGAGGGAGAAUGAGUGGAGUGGGGAGACUGAGUUGACUCGCGAGUUGCCAAAUGGCAUAAUGGCGAUUUCGCAGAAGAAUUCCGACAAUGCUGGUGGCCAUGAUGCUGUUGAUGUGAAAAUUGGAGAAAAUUCGUGCUCGGGAUGGAACACACAGAGGGGUUUUCGGUCCAAGAAUAUUGAACCCGUACCAUUGAGUACAAUGCAGGUUGUACCAUCUGUGAAUUAUUUGAGGAGAGUGAAGAAAUGCCAUUGGUGUAGGAGGAGUAUUGGUUGUAAUUUGAUCAAGUGUUUGAAAUGUAGGAAGCAACUCUUUUGUUGGGAUUGUGUUAAAGAAAGAUACUUGGAGAAGAAAGAGAUUAAGGUGGCGUGCCCUGUUUGUCGUGAAACUUGUAGCUGUAUGAUCUGCCUAAAACGUCGAUGGAAGGAAAUGAGUCAUAAGGAGUUUUAUAGGGAUAAAAGGAAAAUUGCGAAAAUCCAACUACUUCAUUAUCUCAUUUCCUUGCUUCUUCCUGUGCUCAAACAAAUUAACCAAGAACAGAACAUGGAGCUUGAGAUGCAGGCCAUGAUUACAGGUGAAGUACCAUCCAAUAUCAAGAUUCAGCAGUCAGAGAUGGGAAACAAGAAGUUAUGUUGCUGCAACAAUUGCAAAACUUCAAUUGUGGAUUACCAUAGAAGCUGUGCGAACUGCUCGUAUAAUCUCUGCUUAAGUUGUUGCUGGGAAUUUUGUCGAGGAAAUUUAUAUGAGAAAUUUUGUUCCAAAGGUUGCAAUGGUAGGGAAAUUCAUCGGUCUGCUGGUGAGCUGCAAUUGAAGAUAAAUCACAUUAGCACUUCUUGCAUAAGUUCUUGCAAGGCGCCCCAUUUGUCUCCGAUGUCACUGAAGAGCUUGAAAGCUUGUUCUGAUGGAAGCGUAUUUUGUCCUCCAGUGGAUUUUGGUGGAUGUGGUGAGAGAAACCUUGAUUUAAGAUGCAUUUUUCCCUUAAGGUGGAUGAAAGAGCUGGAAGCAGGAGCAGAAGAGGUGCUUCAGUGCCAUGACUUUCCAGAAACUGUAGUUGUGUGUUCUUGUGACUCAUUGUGCAAGGGAACUGAGGACAAAGUUGAAAUUCAGCCACUGCAAAAGUUGGCUAAGAGAGUAGAAUCCAAUGAUAAUUUCAUCUAUUAUCCCACUUUAAGUGAUUUAAACAAAGAGAAACUUGGACAUUUCCAGCUGCACUGGGCUAAAGGUCAUCCUGUUAUAGUGCGAAAUGUUAUUCGAAGAACAUCAGUUCUGAACUGGGAUCCAGUUGUGAUGUUCUCCACUUACCUUGAAAGAACAAUUUCUAAGUCUCAAAAUAAGAAGGAAGUGAUUGAUGGAGCUACUUGCUUGGACUGGUGUGAGGUAGAAACUUCUGCCAAACAGAUAUUCAUGGGGUCAAUGGUGGAUGGCACACAUUUAAAUGUGCAGCAUCAGACCCUGAAAAUUAAAGCCUGGCUUUCUUCUAGCGUAUUUCAAGAGCAAUUCCCUUCUCAUUAUGCUGAGAUCUUGCAUGUUUUACCGCUUCAGGAGUAUCUAAAUCCAAUUUCUGGCCAUCUGAAUAUAGCACUCAAGUUGCCAGAAGAAGCGGCGAAACCUGAAAUUGGUCCUUGUAUUCAUAUUUCAUGUGGUGGUCUGGAGGACUUCAUGAAUGCUGAUUUUUUGACAAAACUCUGCUUUGACUCAAAUGAUGUGGUUAAUGUUCUUGCAUGUGUUACGGAUGUUCCAAUCACCAGAGAACAGUUCAAAAAUAUUCAAACAUUGAUGAAGAAGUACAAGGGUCAAGACCAUUUGCAAUCAAGCAGAAAGAACAAUAAUCGAGGUCAUUUGCUUUCCAGCAGUAAUUCUACUGAAGUAAAAGGAAAAUCAUCUUUACACAGUGAAGAAAGUCAAGAAUCAGGCUUGCAAGAUAUGAUGGAAGAAAGGUUAAGCUUACCUAAUGGAAUUGCGAAAGUGCCUCUUUUCACUGGCAAUUCAAUUAAAGGACAAAUAUCAUGCUUUGAAAAUGGGAAUAUACCCUUUGAUUCUGAAAAUGAGUCUGAAUUUGAUUCUGAGUCCUCAAUGCUUUGUUCUGGAAACAUUCAAGGAUUGGAAGAUUCAGAUGAUGAGACUUUCUUUAGGGAUAUCGAGAGCUCUAGUUCUUCCUGCGAGAAACAAACAGCCAAUCCAUCUGGUGCUCAAUGGGACAUUUUCCGUAGACAAGACGUCCCAAAACUUCUAGAAUACCUCAGACGGCAUUCUGAUGAAUUAAGUUCUGCAUACUGCUAUGGCGGACACGUGGUUCAUCCAAUUCUGGAUCAAAGUUUCUUCCUCGAUGCAUAUCACAAGAUGAAGCUUAAGGAGGAAUUUGGUGUUCAGCCAUGGACCUUUGAGCAACACCUAGGAGAAGCUAUCAUGAUUCCAGCAGGAUGUCCAUAUCAAAUUAGAAAACUAAAGCCAUGUGUCAAUGUAGUCCUAGACUUCAUCUCACCGGAAAAUACAACUGAAUGCAUUCGCUUAACUGACGAAAUCCGUCUUCUCCCACUGCGCCAUAGAGCCAGAGGAAAAGUGUUGGAGGUGACUUUGGAUCAAACUCACUACUAA